CCAGAAUUCCAUGAAGCUGGAUGGGCAGAAAUCGUCGCUGGUAAAUGUGUCAAUCUUGACGCCGUACAUUCCAUCAUCUCCUCCUCACGCACUAUUGACAAAUGCACCGAAACCAUUGGUGACAUUGAGAUCAAAUUCUCCACCGCUACUGAGGCAGUCUCGAAGAAGAUUACCACCGCUGCUCAGUGGUCCGCAGCGUGGAAUAGAGCAGCAAGAGCUAUUAAAUUCGCAUUCCCUCAUCAAGAGGAUGAACUUGCCACCUAUGGAGAAUACAUCAAUGACAAAUUUGACCGAAGUGUUGAGCGUGCCCAUGAGAGAAUCAUUAGAUUCGACAAAGCAGUCAGGAACAGAGCCGCAAAUUCUCACAGGGUUGAAUUAUUGGACUUCGCAUCCUUUGCAGACAUAUAUGAGUCCCAUUUCUUAUCAGAUGGCAGACAUCAUGAGGAGGACAAGCAGUCGAAGCCUGGUGCAUCAGCAUGGGAUAAGACUACCUUCAAUCGACAAGAACCUUGUCGAAAAUGGAACUCAGGAGAGUGCACAUGCAGUGCUCAAACCUCCCGCUAUGCACAUGUCUGUUCA